CUUGUUCUUCCGUUCUUGAUUAUAUUUGACAUAAGAAGGAUCGACGAUGGAAAUCGGGACAAUGGUGUAAGAGAUAAGAUGACAAGCAAAUGAAAUGAGCGAGGUCAAAUGACGAUUUUGGGGGAAGACAAUGAAAUAAGGCGAUGGUACGCGACCUAUGAUUUUUCUCUUGUCUCAGCUCCAUGUUGAUUGAGCAUUUGAGUGUAUUGAACCCCUUGAUUAGUAAUUGAAAUUUCAAGCAAAUGAAAUUAGCGAGGUCAGAAGUUCUGUUGCCACAUCACAAAAAAAAAACUGACGGACGGAGUUAAAUGAAGUCCAACGUAGACUGAUGAUCGGUGACUAAUGAUGAAACGAUUUGUAAAGAUAGUGAUGAAUAAAAACGAAAAGUAAUUCGAACGACAGACAAACGUGAAAAGCUUUUAUGUAAUUUGAGUGACUGAUUUAUCCGAAUCUCAUUGUGACUAUCCAUCCCAUGCAAGGUUGUCAACCCGCGGGUUGACUCACUUUGACACUAACCCAGUGAGAAAAAACGGUCGCACGCACCCGCCGGGUCAACCGCUACAAGGUACCUGGUUGGAGGUCAAAUUGUGUCAUUUUGCGAAAUGCGCCUAUUUAACGAUUUUUCUUUUCGCCUGACUCAAUCUUUGGAAUCCUUAGUUGAACAUUUGAAUAUUGAUGUUAUUAGUUAUUACUCAUAUGUUAGAUGAGAUUUGAUAUAAUUUAUUACGAUAAGUACAAUAUAAUAUAAUGACUUUUUCUAUAUUUCCAGUCUAAAACGAGCUAAAACGGGUGACCCGUCAACUCUUGACACACUAACUCGACCGGGUCCGAGUCAACCCACUGGUUAGACAACCUUAAUCCCAUGUGUGUACUCGAGUUCAUCAGGCUUUGAAUUUUUUUUUUUGGUAUUCAAACCGUGGGAAAUCUGCCAUUUGCAUUUCAUUUCCCCGUUACAAAAACAAACUCCGACACAAUCUGUAAACGAAGAUGAUGAUGAAUCUAGGAUUUAAAAAAGUAUCUCUUCUUAACAUAUACAAAGAUCAGUUCUCAAAUGUAAGAUUAUAAAAAUGGCGGAUCCCAAAUCUGCCACGCCCAGAAGAAGGCCAUGCAUAGUACCACACUCGCAGCUACUGCUACUGGUCGCAGCUCUUUACUCCGCAGUUCACACCCUCCUCUCCCAAAGUUUGAGACCCCAAAAGAAAAAGAUUAGAUAAAGCAAAAACAAACAAACAAACGUUCUUCCCUUCCUUUCAUUGCCCUCUUUAAUUCUCCCAACCGCCACCAAUCAGUCUCCCCCAAUUCCUCCAUCUUCUCCACUCCACUGUUCCCUUCUCCACAGUUUUUCAACCUGAACCAUCCAUCCAUCCAUCCAUCUCCAUUUCCCCCUUUCCCUUCCCUCCAAUUUGCUCCAGCAAUGGUUCCCCAUCUCCUUCUCUUCCUUCUCCUCAUCUCCACUUCUUCCCUCUCGGGAAUUGAAUCAGCAGCAGCUACUCUCAAGCUCACCAACCGCUGCAGCCAAACAAUCUGGCCGGAAAUCCUCCCCGGCGCCAGCUCCCCACUCCCGCCCGGGAAAUCCAGGACGAUCCCCAUCCCAAAGGGUUGGUCCGGCCGCAUUUGGGGUCGGACCCUCUGCGAGACAUCCGCCGCAGAUUGCGGCAGCGCCGGGAAGGUGGAGCUCAGUCUCGACGGCGCCAACGCGCCGGCCACUUCAGUGGAGCUCGCUCUCGACGGCGCCGGCGGUCUGGAGUAUUCUUACGGCGUGAGCUCGGUCGACGGGAGCGACAUCCCCGUGGCGGUGUUGCCGAAUAAAGUAGGUCCGGCCCGCGGGGGUUGCGGGCGCGCGGUUGACCCGAACCCCGAUGAUGUAAAUGCGACGGCGGCGCGUGAGGAGGGGGAUGUCGCGUGUAAUGACACCGGCAGCAUUACUACUACUACCCAUACCGACCAUGUCGUCGUAUUCUGCCCCAAGCCGUAUUCCAGCGGGGAAGUUGUGGGAAGGAGGAGAGGCAGGAGGGCACCAUUGUCACUGGUUAACAAGACGACAACGACAACGACAACAGCCUGGCCAAGCAGGCAUCCGAAUGGUGCUCUCUCUUCAGCUGCUGACAUCAACGUGGAUUUCACCGAAGCAGCCACCACAUCGAGCCCAGCUGAUCAUCAAGAGUCAAACGGGAGAGGUAAUGAGAUGAUGACGCCGAAGAUGGUAAUGGAGCCGGUGAAGGUGGUGGAGAUGAGAAUGAUGCUGAAUGACCAGAGGAGGAGGCUCAACAGCUUCCAGAUGUGUGCAUUGUGCACUUGCUGUGGCGGCGGAAGUGGUGGUUCCAAACAUUACUGCCUGCUCUCUCCAUGUUGCUAUGCAAUCAACUGCAACAUUCCAAACAAGCCCUUCGGUUUCUGCUCUUUCACUCCCAGGGCCUGCAAUUGCUUUGGAUGCCAUGUCUAGCUAGCUUAGCAAGCUUGCCCCUCUUUCAUUUUGUUUUAUCUUAUAUUUUAGGUCAUUAUUAUAGUGGUAUUAUAAUGUGGAGGGAUGGAUUAAGGAAGAAUAUCUGUUGUUUGAUUAGAUUAGAUUGAUUUGUUUAUAGAUUUUGAUUUGUUUAGAGUAUUAAUCAAAUAAUAAUUGCCUGUUUCUGCGCAAACUCUGCAGGGGACACCUAGAAAGGCAUAUGCAAGAAAGAAGAUUAGUAAUUAAGUGCAAUGUGGGACUAAUACUCCUUUAAUUAGCCUUUUUACGGGUAUGUGUGUGCAUCCUUUUGUUAAUUGAUAUGAUUACAGUAGUGCUGUGGUAAUCCAAGUGGGUUUGUUUUCUUUCUUUCUUUCCCCCCAUUGUUCUGUCUGUUUCAGAGCAAGAAUAAAGAACGUUCAUGGUUGUUGCUUGUGAGCAGAAGAGAUACAUGUCUAGUUUAAUCAUUUGCUUCUCGGUUUAUAAACCAGUCUGAAAGGGGUGGGUUGGCUUAAACUCAAUGUAAGGGUUACUACUUGGAGUUCCAAGGAUAAAAAGCAAAAUGGUCAACCGGUUAAUUGAUCUUUUGACGUUCGGGCUGACCCUUAUUAGACGCAUAGAAACACAGUUUCGACUUCUAUGUUGAUACCAUCAAUUAAAACGAGUCGAUUAGGACGACGAUGAGGCCAACUGUUAUAAGCGACAUGAAGGAUGUUACAUAUUUUCAUUUGGUUGACCAAAUCAGUGGAAUAGUCGACUGAAUGUGUUUGCUAGACUCCAAAUUACUAUUACUUGGAGUUAAUCCAAGAGACCAUAAUAGAGUUACCUUUGUACGAUAUUAUUAAAAGUAUGCUAUGACUACUUUGAGAAAGGUAAAAGUCAGACAUACGGUGUCAAAUGUUUGUUCUGAGGUCCUUUUUUGAAUUUAAGUUAUCAUAUGUAUAGCCAUAAAGUGUUACCGUCCAUUCAGUUAUUGUAAUACUCUAUAUAGUUUGAUUGACGUCCUAACACCUUUUGCCAGAAAAUUCUUCAACGUGUUUGAUGGGUUGGGUACUCUCUGUGCCAUGAAGGUGUCUCGGUUGACGGCUUGUCCUGAUACUCUACUUGGCAUGUUUUACUUUGGUUCCUGUUGACUUGAUGAAAUGUGACCGUGUUCGUGAUGGCUACCUAGCUGAGUGUCGAGUUACGGUAAUAAGUUAUAGAUAUCAAAGGAAAACAAGUCCAAGCUAGAGAUGUCAAGGAUAAGUUCAAUCCCUUCAAAUGAUAAACGAAAAUGAAAAGAGAACGAGCUCUCUUAUUUUCCAUUGACAUAUUUCUGAAAUGAAAAUAGAAAACAGGA